CGGCUUUCCGGAGCUGUGAUCCUGUGGGAAGCCCACCUCGCUCUUAAUUUGUGUUUCAGGGUGGGUCUGUGAAGGCAGGGAAGAUGCCACAAGGGGAGAAGACGAGGCAGUGCAAGCAGGAAGUGGAGCAGCAGCAGAAGGAAGAUGAGAGGGAGGGCCUCAUCGAAUUCUAUGGUUCCUACCAGGAGCUGUUCCAGUUCUUCUGUAGCAACACGACCAUCCAUGGAGCUAUCCGCCUGGUGUGCUCUAAAAAGAACAAGAUGAAGACGGCCUUCUGGUCUGUCCUCUUCUUUCUCACCUUCGGCUUAAUGUACUGGCAGUUUGGAAUCCUCUACAGGGAGUACUUCAGCUACCCUGUCAACCUCAACCUCAACCUCAACUCGGACAGGCUGACUUUCCCUGCAGUGACGCUGUGCACACUUAACCCAUACAGGUACAGUGCCAUUCGAAAGAAGCUCGAUGAACUGGACCAAAUCACCCAUCAGACACUGUUGGACCUUUAUGAUUAUAACAUGUCCUUGGCACGAAGUGAUGGGUCAGCGCAUUUCUCACGAAGGCGUACCUCGAGGAGCCUGCUCCAUCAUGUUCAGCGCCAUCCUCUGCGGAGGCAGAAGCGAGAUAACUUGGUCAGCUUGCCAGAAAACAGUCCCUCGGUGGACAAGAACGACUGGAAAAUUGGCUUUGUUCUGUGCAGUGAAAACAAUGAGGAUUGUUUCCACCAGACCUACUCCUCAGGAGUGGAUGCAGUGCGGGAAUGGUACAGCUUUCACUACAUCAACAUCCUGGCACAGGUGCCUGAUGCGAAAGACCUGGAUGAGUCUGACUUUGAGAAUUUUAUUUAUGCUUGCCGCUUCAAUGAAGCAACAUGUGACAAGGCGAAUUACACCCACUUCCACCAUCCCUUGUAUGGGAACUGCUACACCUUCAAUGACAACAGCAGCAGCCUGUGGACAUCCUCUCUGCCUGGGAUCAGUAAUGGCCUCUCUCUGGUGGUGCGCACCGAGCAGAAUGAUUUCAUCCCUCUGUUGUCAACAGUAACUGGAGCCAGGGUCAUGGUCCACGAUCAGAAUGAGCCAGCCUUCAUGGAUGAUGGGGGUUUCAACGUGCGUCCAGGUAUUGAGACCUCCAUCAGCAUGAGGAAGGAGAUGACUGAGCGUCUUGGGGGCAGUUACAGUGACUGUACAGAGGAUGGCAGUGAUGUGCCAGUGCAAAAUUUGUACUCAUCUCGCUACACUGAACAGGUCUGCAUUCGUUCCUGCUUUCAGCUCAACAUGGUAGAGCGCUGCUCCUGUGCCUAUUACUUUUAUCCCUUACCUGAUGGAGCAGAGUAUUGUGACUACACGAAGCACAUAGCUUGGGGCUACUGCUAUUAUAAACUCCUUGCUGAAUUCAAAGCUGAUGUGCUGGGCUGCUUCCACAAAUGUCGGAAACCUUGCAAAAUGACAGAAUACCAGCUCUCUGCUGGAUACUCUCGCUGGCCUUCUGCUGUCUCAGAGGAUUGGGUUUUUUACAUGCUUUCACAACAGAACAAAUACAAUAUAACAUCCAAGAGGAAUGGAGUUGCAAAAGUGAAUAUCUUUUUUGAGGAAUGGAACUACAAGACCAAUGGGGAGUCACCAGCCUUCACAGUAGUGACUCUCUUGUCCCAGCUUGGGAAUCAGUGGAGUCUCUGGUUUGGAUCCUCUGUCCUAUCUGUGAUGGAGCUUGCAGAGCUGAUUCUGGAUUUCAUUGUCAUCACUUUCAUCCUGGCCUUCCGCUGGUUCCGCUCCAAGCGGUGGCACUCCUCCCCAAGGCCCCCUCCAAAUAGUCAUGAUAACACUGCCUUCCAAGAUGAGGCAUCAGGACUUGGUGCUCCACACCGCUUCACUGUUGAGGCUGUAGUGACCACACUGCCAUCUUACAACAGUCUGGAACCAUGUGGACCAAGCAAGGAUGGUGAGACAGGACAUGAGUGAGGCAGAGCUUUAUUUCAUAAUUCAGUUAGAUGGCAGCUGGACCAGAAGCUGUAUACUUUCUCUGUGGGACGUACCUUUCAUUCUUUUUGGGAUGCUCUGCCUCGAUCAUAGCAGAAGACUGUAUUGUGGUUAAUUGCUUUUACUAUCGUAUGUGAAUCCUUCAGUCUUGUGAAACACUAUUGCUCUUGGGAUCACCAGGGAUGAGAGUCAAUCUAGUGUUUGCAAAGGGGAGAUGUCAGCUCAGGAGAUGUCAGCUCAGAUUCCUUAUAGUCUUUACAUGUACAUACUUUUUUUUUUUCCUCCGCAACAAAGAUGCUGCUACAGUUCUCA